GUUUUGUCUGACAUUGUCUCCUUCAUCGUGUCUCUCCAGUGGUUCCGGUGUUUCUGCGGUCCAAUCUGCUGGUUUCAUUGAACCAGUUAGCAUCAAGCUAGCGGUGCUGCUACAGCCGAAGGUGCAUUUAUAAGCUCCGCCAGCAGGGGUCGCCUCACAGGCCUGCUGCCUCCUCCUCCUCAUCCUCCUGACGCACCGCCUUCAUCAUCCGGACCGGACUGCAGCCUGGAUGCUCUAGCAGUCCGAGUUGCUGAGAACCGGGUCUCCGUCCUCCCAGCCCGGUCCCGGUCCCGGUUCUGAUGGAUGGUUAGCCCUCCGCCCUGCCUGCUGCUGCGGACCCGGGAGCCAUGGAGUCGGUCGGUGCGGGGGGCUCCGCAGUGAAGGCGGAGGAACCGCGACCCGCCGCGGGGAACAUGGUGAAACCGUUCACAUGAGCGUCGCUCUCUGACCUCCUGACCUCCUCCUCAUUGCCAUGGCGACCUCGAUGGAGACAAUGCUGCUGGAGCCGCGCCCUGGCCGGCCGGACCCCUGCCCGGACCCUGGGGGCCGCUACUCGGUGGUCCCCUCUGUGGUCUGCUCCAUGUGCUGCCUCUUCGGCAUCAUCUACUGCUUCUUCGGCUACCGCUGCUUCAAGGCGGUGAUGUUCCUGACGGGCCUGAUGUUCGGCUCCGUGGUCAUCUUCCUGCUGUGCUACAAGGAGCGCGUCCUGGACACCCAGCUGAGCGUGGAGGCCUCGGUGGGCAUCGGGCUGGGCAUCGGCACGCUGUGCGGCCUGGUCACCAUGCUGGUGCGCAGCGUGGGGCUGUUCAUGGUGGGGCUGCUGCUGGGGCUGCUGGUGGGCGUGGCCACCCUGGUGGGCAUAGCGGAGCUGUCCCAGGCCCCGUCGCGCUCCGUCUGGGUGCCGCUGGGCGUGCUGCUGGGCCUCGGCAUGCUGUUCGCCGUGCUGACGCUGCAGUGGCAGCGCCUCUUCACCACGCUGUCCACCGCCGUGUUCGGCGCCGCCGUCAUCACCGUGGCCCUGGACUACUUCCUGGAGCUGUUUGCGCUGCUGGUGUACAUCUACGAGCGGAUCAAGGUGGAGCCGGGGAAGCCGGUGUGUUGGAUGACCUGGCUGGUGCUGGGGGUGUGGCCGUCCCUCACCCUGCUGGGGGUCAUAGUUCAGUGGAAGGUGACCGCCGAGGGAUACUCUCACACCAAAGUGAUCAUCAGCCGCCAGCAGCGAAGGAUGCAGGUGAUGCGGAUUCGUCAGCGAGACGACCGCUACCGCAACAAGAAGAAGAAGAAGCAGCAACAUGGCUCCUCCCACCAUCACCAGGCCAAGCAGCUGAACUCUGAGCCCGCCUACCGCCGCAAGCCCAACCCCAUCCGCCGCUACGACACCGACGUCCUGUCGCCGAGUUACAUCCAGAGUUUCCGGGACCGGCAGGUCCAGGCGCAGCCAUUCCCCGGCCGGCUGGUAGGAGGCGCUCACGCUGUGGUGGAGAUGGGCUACGACUGCGGCUCCACCACACCCCUCACCGGGGCCGCGGGGCCGCCGCUACGGGCCUGACCUCUGACCCCUGAUCUGGAGGAACUGACUACACUCACCACCGGAUUGACAGGCAACCUCCUGAUGUUGACCUCUGACCCUACAGGCAGAAUCUCCCCACCUUUAAACUCUGUACAAAGUCUUGACACACGAGCUAGGCUAGCUGUGGCUAAUGAGCUAGGCUAGCCGCUGGCUUUGUGAGGCUAAUCGCAUGCAGACACUAAACACACACACACACACACACACACCACAGCUCCAACGCUGAAGGAACCCAAUGACCCGGUUCUGAGCUUUCUGCCUCCAUCUCCAGUAAAACAUCGACUCCAGUGGUUCCACUGCGAACCCAGUUCAGGUUCCAACACCAGACCUGUCAAAGAUCCGGGUCACUAUCCAGUUCUUGUUGAUCGUCCAACCAGCUCCUCGCUAACCGGACGUCGUUUCUUUCUGUGCCAUCCGACCUCAACGACCUUCUGUGAAACCAGAAGAGACGUUUCCUCUGUAGAGGACGGACUCCCUUCGUCUCCCUCGGUGCUGGACAGAACUCUGCCAGGUCAGCCAAGCUUCCCUUCGGUAGCCAUGGCAACACCAAGCCGGGUUGUGUUGUUUCCCAUAGAGAGAGCUCUGUUUACACUGACACCCCAAAACACCUGGAAACUGGUUUCAAAAACUUUUGGUCUGGAACCACAAACCGCUAAAAACACGUUUAGCUUCUUAUUUCACACACCAAACUCACCUUGACACCCAUUCAGACCACAAGUGGAACCAUCUUAGCAGAAGCUAAAGUGUUAGCAGAAGCUAACGUCAUCUGCAGUCUUCCUCAUCUUCGCUCUCACUGAACUGAAGUUCAGAAUGGCAGCCAUUUUGAAUUUUGAAGUUAAAAUUGUCGGGUUGAGUUGAAAUUGAUUAAUUUAAACAAAACUUUAACACAGAUGCCAAAACUUUAUUUCAUUGAAAGUUUACCAGCCAAGUAGAAACUUUGGAAGCUAAGUGUGCUAAAUGUUUUCAAAGUUAGCAAAAUGCUAAAGCGCUACAUUAAACAUUAGUUUCCUCUCUUUGCCAAUUAGCCCAGUAGCAUAGAUAUAUCCACAUCUCGCUUCUGCUAAUAAGAAGCUAACAUAAAGCUAGCGUUAGCCUCUUUGGGUUCUGAUCCAACUGCGGUGCCGGUGUGAACGGAUGAAUCGGCCCAGCAGCCAUCUUAUUUCUCCACCAUGUUUUUCUUUAUUAGGGUGAUGUAACAUCUGUCUGGUAAAAUGUGAAACUUUCACGUGUUUUUAGAGGAGAACCGUGUACAGGAAGUGAUGCGUUUACUGAGAGGAACUGAGCUGCAUGAGACCAGCUGGUUAGUUUCAGGAAACCUGUACAGAAACUCUGCACUAAUUUUAAUGUCCAUCAGGAAUGAAGACCUGCUGUAUCUAUUUAUUUUGCUCGGCAGAGUUUAAAGUCAUCAUGUUUUGAAAUGUUUUUAAAUGAAAGCAUGUGUUCCUGCUGUUAAAACAAUAAAAACAUUCAAAUAGUUUUAUUAUCGUCACA